CACCAUUGAGAAACACUGGCUUGUUCACACUGGCUCUGGCCAAGACGGCCAAAAACAAAGAAGUUCAACAGAGCCCACUGUUCUCCCUGCUAAUGAAUUCAAACAGAAGCCAAAUCUGGACUACAAAAUAAGACUCGAAGAGGGAGUAGCCCGUGUAUGGUUCCCACAAGGGCUUGUGGAUAUACAUUUAUUUUUGAUAGUGUCCUUCAAUCUGUUUUCAUGGGUGCAAAUAGGUGCAUGAGGAACCCAGCUCUGCUGCUGACACAUUUAGAGUUUAGCCUGCUUUGCCACAACCAGGAAAAUGUCGGGGUCCUACGAUGAAUCUGCUGCUGCUGCUGACGACGCUAUGGACAGCUUUUGGGAGGUACUUCAGAAAACACCAUCCAUGCUGUUCUUUUGGGCUGUGAAGGAAAACCUAUCGACCUUUAUAAGCCAAGUCAGACACAACAAUCCCUCUUUAGGAGACAUUAAACAUGGACCUGACUGGCCACCAUCUUCUUUUCACUGUUUGAAAAGGUUAUUGACAACAGAAAACAAACAUGAUACAGUAGGUCAUUUCAUUUCCGCAAAGAUCCAUAGGAAUAUGGUUGCUUAUUCCAAUGCGUUGAUAUUGUUGUUGUUGCACAGAACAUAUCCAAUUAGUGCUAAUGAAUUCACUGAACACAGAGACCCUUUUGUGUCAUCGCAUGGAGGAGGAUCACAGACACACAGACAGACAGAGCCUCUCAGUUAGAAGCAGCACUGAGGGAGCCAUUCAGCCUACAUGCACCUGCCCUGUAUAGAUCUCUAUGUGGCCAAGAAAGCCCUGGCCACAGCAUAGUGAAUAGCAUAAUGACUCUCACAGGGCUAGAUGUUUUGAUAUGAAAAGCACAUAUCUGACAAAAAACACACCAAAUACAAAUCUGAAUAUCAUCUAUAUACUGUGAACUCUGCUCAAAGGGGCUUUGUUUUGAAUCUUACAUAGAGGACAAUGUAUGGCUACAGACACUGUUGAUAACCUGAAGUUGAGAACUCAAGUUUAUGUAUGUUGGGUUGUUGUUGCUGUAAUCAGAUGCAAUCACUGUACCCUGUACCCCACACCUGUCCCACCCAGCCCAGGGCCCAUCCUGUCUGAAUGGACAGAGUGGUCUGUGACUGUAGGCUGCAUUCCUGUCUCUGCCUCGUCCUGUCAGUGUCCUAUCCCUGAUAAUCUGUCUGCCUGCAUUAGAGCAGAGUACAGGAUUAUAGCAGUCACAGUGCACAAGCACACACACACAGACAUGCGCGCGUGCACACAGGGACAAACACACUUACAUGCACGGGCCAUUAGACACACACACAGAGCGCACACACACUCACACAAAGCCACUGCCAUUGCAUAACUACACAUGCACAGGCACGAGCCCCCCCCCCACCUCUCCCUCCGUCAUGCACCAUGAGCUCACGCCCCCUGCAGGCACUGGGGGGAGGGGCCUCAGAUCUCUGUACUGCAUAUAAUAAAGUCCUAUUCCAGUCUCCCUUUCACCUAAUUUAAGACCUGAUUUACUUAAUAAAAGGCACAUCUCAAAAGGUGGUCCAGGUAUCCUCAUGACAUGGCACAAGAUGGGGGUGGGCCUUUCCUAUUUUGUUCUCUAUCGCUCCUCUAUUUUUCCUCAAGCAAGGGGGAAGGCCGAUGACAUCACAAAGUCACCAUCAGACCAACUCCUAGAAUGGCCUACUCCUUGAAGUUUGCAGGUGUCUAAAAAACACUCUUUUGCUAAAAACAUAUUUUUUGACCCUUUAGUGUGUGCUAUUCACUGUCAUUGAUUCUUGGGAUAUCACUUUUCAGCAGGAAUAGUUCCAAAAUCACUGGAUGACGUCUUUAAGGUGGCAUCUCUUAAGGUGGCAUCUCUUAAGGUGGCAUAUCUUAAGGUAGUAUGAGAAUGAUGAAAGAGAGUACAGAUGAUUCUUUAUUACUCAAGGGUACUAAAAGAUAAUAUAUCAUUUUUAUCACUACAUCAGAGUUGUAGUAUUUAACUCCAUUUGACUACAUUUCUAAUUUGACUCUCCCAAGAAAGAAAAUUAAUUUACAGUUUAUGUUGGCCCAUCAGAUUAGUUAUUUCCAUUUCAAAAUAUCUUAGUGGUCUUAGAGAUUUGGCGUGUUGCACACUUACAUAUUUUAGAUUUUUUUGUGUGCAAAUGACUGCAUCCUCAUCCUCAAUCAUUGAUACCAGUAUGUCAAUUCAAGGGAAGACUUGUGUUUUCCUAUUUUAUGUAACUUGGACCUUUAAUCUAACCUCUCACUAUUCUCAGGUGGGGAACUACAAGCGUGCCGUCAAGCGGAUUGACGACGGCCACCGGCUCUGCAAUGACCUCAUGGGCUGCCUUCAGGAACGUGCCAAGAUUGAGAAGGCCUAUGGUGACCAGCUGACCGCCUGGUCCAAGAGAUGGAGACAGCUGAUCGAGAAAGGACCACAGUAUGGCACCGUGGAGAGGGCGUGGCUGGGUGUGAUGACCGAGGCUGAGAAGGUGAGUGAGCUGCACCAGGAGGUGAAGAACGGCCUGCUCAACGAAGACCUAGAGAAGGUCAAGAACUGGCAGAAGGAGGCGUACCACAAGCAGAUGAUCGGAGGCUUCAAGGAGGCCAAAGAGGCCGACGAGGGCUUCAAGAAGGCACAGAAACCAUGGGCCAAGAAGCUCAAAGAGAUGGAGACUGCUAAGAAAACAUACCACAUGGCAUGUAAGGAGGAGAAACUGGCCGCCACCCGCGAGGCGGAUGGGAAGACACAGGCCUCCGUCACAACUGACCAGCAGAAGAAACUCCACGAGAAAACAGACAAGUGCAAACACGACGUUCAGAAGGCUAAGGAGAAGUAUGAGAAGUCUCUGUCAGAGCUGAGUGCUGUCACUCCCCCGUACCAGGAGAGCAUGGAGCAGGUGUUUGACCAGUGUCAGCAGCAUGAGGUCAAGAGACUCACCUUCCUCAAGGAGAUCCUGCUGGACAUCAAACGCCACCUCAAUCUCACUGAGAACCAAAGCUAUGGCACAGUUUACAGAGAACUGGAGCGCACCAUCCUGGGUGCCAACACACAGGAGGACCUGCAGUGGUUUAGCAACCACCAUGGCCCUGGCAUGCAUAUGAACUGGCCGAUGUUUGAGGAGUACAACCCAGAUGCUACUGCUGCUGUUGUUAAGAGGGAGAAGGUGCAGAAGCCGGCUGGGGCCCCACCGACCCCCAGCACUGACCAUGUGGCACCACCUGGAGACCGUGGCAGCAUCAGCGCUGAUCAUGUGGCACCACCUGGUGACCGUGGCAGUGUGAGCAGCUAUGAAAAGAACCAGGCCUACUCCACUGAGUGGUCCGAUGACGAUGCGCCUGCAGCCUACUCAGGCGGUGAGACCAACGGGGGUGGAAAUGGAAACUCCUUCGAGGAAGACUCUGGCAGUGCAGGGAAAGGGGGUGCAGGGACCGGGACCGCAUCCGGGGUCCGAGUGCGUGCUCUGUAUGAUUAUGACGGACAGGAACAAGACGAACUCACCUUCAAAGCUGGUGAUGAACUGACCAAGACUGAGGAUGAAGAUGACCAAGGCUGGUGUAGAGGUCGCCUGGAUACAGGCCGAGAGGGACUGUACCCGGCCAAUUACGUCGAGGAGAUCUAAUGACCCCAAAGGAGGAGGACAUGCCAUUGGAGGCAGCUCGGACUGUCUCAUCCAAUCGCACUGCACAUAGCCAGAGACUUAUGAGCAACACAUCCCUUGCCCAACAGAUACGCAAAUCAGAGUCUUGCCUAAAUAAAAUCUUAGUAUAUUAGUAGUAUAUUAUAUUAUAUUUAUCCAGUAUUUGGAGUGAGGAGGACAUAAACACUAAAACAGGAGCAGCAUUUAUUCCAGAGUACACACACUCAAACAUACUGUAACAUCAAGCCAAUGCAGGGACACAUUUGUGUAGCUGUGUUCAAUAUAAAGAUCAUGCGGAUGAUUCAACGUUUUUGCAGUAUAUUCUCCUAUAACAGUGUGACGAUAAUGUAACCAAUUAUAUUUACCUGCCGGUUUAACCAGAACAAGCUACUCGGCCUGCGUUGUGUAUAUAUGACACCGUUUUGUGUAGCAGUUUCGAUGCUGUGUGUUCAGUCCUCCUCCUUGCAUUGGGAAUGCUGUGUAGUGUUAAAAGUACCACAAAAUGUAUCCUAGAUUUUAUUAUUUUCUCUUUUGUGAUUUGGUCUCAUCCCUUUUACCAGUUGUGCAGUGGUACAGUAUCUGUUGUCUCUGUUUCUCAAUUGGUUUGCAAUAGCAGCAUGUGCUAUGCAACAUGCAUUCCCUUAACCUCCAAGCCAUAUUACGGCUACAAGAUGCAACUAAUCCCCUGAUAUGACCAAUGCAGAGGACCAGAGUUCACCAUUAGACACAGACACAGCAUUGGAAUAACACCAUGAGCUUUUGUCUGCCUUCAUCCCCGGAAGUGGAGAGGCUGGAUAGCCGUUUUUCUCUCUCUUCCCCAUCACCACCAUUGAAUCAUAACGUCUCAUUUCCAUUUCAUUGCGAGGUAUUUUUAGAAUAUCUGUUCAUUUGGAUCUAUUGCUGUGUUCUAUCUAGAAUACCUGUGAGGGAACAUUUUAGGGUCAGUAGGCAAGGUAUUAUCACCAGCUUGCUUUGAUUUAAUCUGUCAUGCUGACAAGAACGUUUUGGACAAUUUGAUUGUUCAGAUGAAGUAUUCAGGCAUAUUUAAUGUGAAUUUAGUUGUUUUCCUGCUGUAGGGGGAAAACAGCAUAUAGGAAAAAUGGCUUUGAACUAUGUUACUGUUCGAUGGUUGUCUCCUGGUAAAAUAGGAACAUCAAUCUUGACGGUACCAUGCUGCAGAUCCUUGUCUUAAAAUGGAAACGUGGACAUGAAUGUACUAUUGUAGGGGCAUGGAAGGAGACAUGCUGUAUUUAACUAGGCAUGUUUUGUUCCAUUGUCAUAGAGAACGCUACCAGAAAAAAAGGGGUUUUGAGCCCCUUUACCUACUUAGGCCAAAGAAUGACCGAAAUCCGAAAAUGCAUAAAACUCUCUCUAUCCAUGCAAUAACUCACAUAACCCUGUCAAGGAUUUUCUUGUCAAGAUGCAACUCAUGCAACUAACUGCUUCCUGUCCUCUGAAUAUUUCUGUGUUCAUUCAAUAGGCGAUCCACAUGGGGAAAGACAAGAGCAUUUUAUAUUUAUUUUUUAUUUCAUCUUUAUUUAACCAGGUAGGCCAGUUGCAUACGACAGUGACCACAGUAUAUCAGAAAUCAUUUCUUUGUCUACAGUAAUUAACUGUACUUUAGAUUGCUCCCAGUAGUAUACUUCACAUGCUCACACCUAAUGCAGCCCCCGCUUUGAAUACACAUGUACUGUUACUGCUCUAAUUACAUUGGGAACCAGUUUAUAACAGCGAUAAGGCACCUCUGGGGUUUGUGGUAUAUGGCCAAUAUACCACGGCUAAGGUCUGUAUCCAGGCACUCCGAGUUGCCUCGUGCAUAAUAACAGCCCUUAGCCGUGGUAUAUUGGCCAUAUACCACACCUCCUCGUGCCUUAUUGCUUAAAUAUACAGAAAACACUACAGUACUUGUUGAGAAAUCAAACUUAUCAGAUGUUGUCCGAUGCAAAUAUGGUUGCCAAUGGUAAGCUGUUUAAAUCAGACAUGCAAUGAUGUCGUGAGAGCAGAAUGCUCAUGAACAUGAGGUUAUGCAGUAGGUCUCUCUUCAAGUUUGAUGUCGUAGAACAUUCUCUAACGACAGGAUGUGUUUAGGUUGAGGCUUAAGAGGAGACUUCACCAGGUCUUGGUAUCACUGUUGAGAGAUCACAUCACCAGCUCACAAGUAAUGUGUAUUAGUGUAAGCUGUCCAGCCUAGUAAAAAUAACUCAUAUCAUUGAGAUAUCCUAUGUCCUUUACACACGCACACACACACACAGGAACACACACACACACAUCUCGGGUAGAUAUUUUGGGGUCAAACAUCCUUAUCAUCAUGAGUUGUUUAAUUGUAAAGAAAAAAAAGAAAAAAAUGCAAGUGAUCGAAUACUAAGAAAAAUGUAGUGUCAUACAUGUAAAUGUGUUAACAGCAUUGGAAAAGCAUAUUAAGUAAUAGGUACCAUAUCGUAUGAAUUUCAUUGCAAUGGAAUUGUCAAUGUACCAGAGCGUGACGUUACCCCACGCUGUCAAAUUUGUAUAUGAUGAUGUAAUUUAAAGAUUCUAUUCUAUUGUAACUGUACAACUGUGUUGAGUUGGAAAGGAAACCUAACUACAUUGAGGCAGUAAAAACAGUGUAUAUGUAAAUGCUUUUUUAUGUUGAUUUCUCUCUUCCUUAUGCACAACAAGGGGGAAACGGCUCAUGUCGUGAAACCCCUGUAUUAGCAGUGUAUGUAUGUUUCUAGUUAGUGAUGUAAUUGGAUCUCCUAACUGGUGUAGUGCCUGUUCAUCUUAAUGUAACAAAAGGUUCAUUUAAAUAUGCAUAAAGAUGAUUAUGAUUAUGAUAAUAAUUAUGAUAGUAAUGAAAAUCCUGAAUCAAAGUUGUUGUGAUGAUGUCAAUAUUGCGAUAUUGGUUUGAAAGGGGAAAACAAGUUUGUUGAGAAUACAAACAAAACGUUUUGUGUCAUUUGUGUGUUUCUUGAAUGGAUUUUGACUGUACAUUGGGAUAUGCUAUGAUUGUAGUCUCAGGGUGUUUGAUGAGAAAGCAGAAAAAAUACACAUUAUUGUGUCAUUUUAUUUUAGACACAUUCAGUAUGUAAACACAUAGAAGGAUAUACAGUAUGCUUUAGGUCAUUAUACAUAAAUAUUUACAAACGA